AUGGAAAAUAAAUCUGUAAAAGUAGAAUUGAAACGAACGAUAACAUUUUUUGGCAUUGUUGAUAUACUUAUAGCAAAUAUAGGAGGAACUGGUAUUUUCAUAGCCCCAACUACAAUUUUAAGUUUCUCAGGAUCUCCUGGCUUAGCAAUGAUAAUGUGGACAGUAGGUGGACUUAUGCAAGCAAGCAUGGCAUUGUGUGUCAUGGAAGUGGCUCUUAUGUUUAACAAGGCUGGUGGUCCAUAUUUUUUUAUUUAUCAAACUUUUGGCGAUCUCCCAGGUUUUGUGUUUAUGUGGGGUUAUUUAAUAUUCAUUGCUGCGCCAUCAUGGGCCUUGGGGGCUUACACUACAAGCCUAUAUAGCUUGACCCUUGUAUUUAAAGACUGCCCACCUCCUGAUGGAGCAGUUAAAUUAUUGGCUGCCUGGAUAAUGAGUAAGUGUCAAGAAGUAUGUUUAACAAUUAAUUAAGUAUUAAAUAAUAAAUUUGUUCUAUGCUCAUUAAUAUUUUGACUCUCCGAAUUAACCUCCCAUUUUGAUGCAAUAAAUUCUUAAAUUAGUCAAGGAUAGGAAUAACUAUUUAAUUUUUUAAAUAUUAUUAGUGUCUCUAAAAUAUAAGUGCAUUGAAAUAAUUUUGAUGGGCAUUUUCUUUGUCUUUGUGCAGCUUAUUUCCAGUUUUUUUUUUUUUAAAUAAGCAGUUGACAAGUUUGUUAAUUUUCCCCUUUUUAUGUUAUAAUUGUUUCUAACCUUUUGAGAGCUUUUAAAAAUUUGAGGCAGUUAAAAAUAGUGUGUAAUAAAUAACAUUAUUUCUAUGUCCUUAGUUUCUGUGAUUGCUAUAAACUGCACACAUAUGAAAGUCAUCACUUUGAUCCAGAAAUUCCUGACGUCCUGUAAGGUUAUAGCGCUUGUCAUCAUCAUCAUUCUGGGUUUAAUACAUGUUCCAACAGGUAACUUUUAAAUCCAAAGAGAGCAUUUUUAAAAAGUCCAAAGUGAUAUCAAGAACCUAUCCUGAUCUACAGUAAUAAAAAUACUGAUCCCGUCCUUUUUUUUUUUAAUGUGCAACAGAAUUCUGUAUAGAAAUUUGUUGUUGUUGGCCUUCGGCCAACCCCAACCCCACUUCUUCUGCAAAGAAAACAUUUUUUGUUUAAUAUGCAGUGGCGUAGCUAGGGGGGUGCAGACCACAUCCGGUGACACCAUUUUAGGGUUGACACCCAAUUGAAAAAUUGCAUAUUUACAGAGCACACUUCGCUGUCCAACCAAAUUCCAUGAAAGGAUAAGUGAUCAUACGUAAAUUUUCCACACAUGUAAACAAUCCAAAAGCAUGCUUUAUUAAAAGUUCAAGGUUGAUGCGUCAAAAUUGAGGUAAUCCUAUAAUUAGGUCAGAAAAACACAGUUUUACCAUGAUUCAAAGCUGAUUGAAGUGUUCGGUAACUUAUGUAAGCUUUUUAUUGAUUGAUACCAAAUACAAUGUUGUCGGGUGAUUCUAAGUACAUACAUCGAAUCUGUAAAAAUUAAAAAAUUAAAAAUGACUUUUUACGCAUUUAGUAAAAUUUUAGCUUGUUCGCAAAAUAUUUUACAAAAUUCUCAAAUAGCUUUUAAAAUUAUUUUUAAUUUAUUAAAAAAUAAAUGUAAAAAUUUUGAAAUCAAAUAUAUUGAAACCUAGAAAUACUAAAAAAAAUAGAGAUAUAUUCGCAGAUUCCUCAUUAGCACUGCCCCAUAAAAUUUUAGCACAAUUGUCAUACAGCACAAGGUCUUCUACAUGCUGUCUGUUUCACGUUUGUCUGCUACCUUUACCUUUAGGCUGAUCUACUUAAUGAUGUAAACCUUACACAGCAGUAUCUGCGGACUAAAGGCUUUACUCUUGACAAAUGUGACCAACUUAGAGGUCUUAAAAUUUUUUCUGCACGAGGCGCUGUCACUUGGUGGAACAUACUAUUGAAAAGAAACUUUUAAAAUCAAAACAAUGUGGAAUUUGGUUAGAGAGAAGAUUAAGGUUUAAGAAGUGAAUGACACGAGAAUAUAUAAUAGAUCCUGGACUCUCUCUGCGAGAAGAAAACAGUAAGGAGAUGCGGAUGUGUAUUAUUCGCUUUCUUUCUGAAUCCCAGAUCAGAACAUCAGCAAUAAAGGAAUUAGCAGAUAUGUUAGAGUCUACUAUCAGCAAAUGAAGAAGAGUCAUUGGUGUCCGUUUCUAAAUUAACCUCUUUUUAUGAUGAGUUAUCAGAAGAUGAACUUUUAAAAGAUAUAUCAAGACUUAGAAGACACCUAAAGGUAGCUGAUAUUGAAUUUCACAAAGUUGUGGAAUGGUCAUUAUUUCAUGUCAUAUCUGAAUGAGACUUCCUAGAAUCUCUUCCAGUACUCUCCUUAAGCAUUCAAUUGUUUUUUACAAUCUGUGUUUUUGUGGCUUCAUGUGAAGGGAGCUUUUCAAAACUAAGGCUUAUUAAGACCUAUUUACGAUCCACUAUGGAACAGUCAAGGCUUUCUGAUCUGACGCUACUAUUAAUUGAAGGCAUUGACGGGUUUGCAGCUUUAAAGACCGGGAAAGAAAAUUUUUUAAUAAAUUAAAUUUAAUGUAAAAAUAACUAUAGCUUAACUUUGUUACAGUUCUAAAAUAAAUUUACCUGCUGACUUUUAAUUAAUUUUUUUUUUCUUGUCCUUGUUAUACUGUGGACUUAUGUUAACAAGAAGAAAUCCAUCGUGGGGGGAUGGGUGACGCCAUGAGUUUACAGCACCGGGUGACACCAACCCUAGCUACGCCACUGUUAAUAUGUAAUGAAUUUUAACUGAUUACGAAGUUAACAAAAAGCUUGUGUGAAAUAAGGGAGCUCCUAAUAGUUUUAGUUUAAAAUUACUAGUUUUAUGGUCUUUACUUAUAUUACUGUAUUAUUGUUUUUUUAUCUUUUCUAUGCACUGUAUACAUAAUUUUAAAAUGUAAUUACUUUAGUUUUUUUUCUAAGUGAUAAUUGUGCAAGCACAUUUUAGGAAAUUUUGGAUUCAGGUUAAGAAGAUGUCACAUAUUGGCUCUGGCAAGGGGGAUAACACAGAUGGUAAAAGGAAUGGUAUGGGGUAUGACCAAAUAUUUUGUAAAGCAGAGUAACUUGCUGUUGAAAAGCUCCCACCUUUUCGACUUCCAGCGAGUUCCUAAUUCCUAUUAAAUUUCUCAAAACUUAAUUCCAGUAAGUUGUGUAGGCCUAAUUAAAACAGACUCAGUAUUUUUUUAAAAGCUUAGCAUACUUUUAAUAUUUUCUUUACAAUUAAUGUUAUCUGCAUCCAAUACAUGUUUACACAACCGGACCAUGGCAAUGACCAAUGGUAUAAAAACAGAAGAAUCUCACUUUGUCUUUUCUCCCCGAAAAUAAUUUUUUUUCUAAGCGGUCUUACCCCACAUGGGGAGGCUCAUCGACAAGCUGUUUACCAGUAAUCAAAAUAUAAGAAAUACCAUAGUGUUCAAUCUCGUUCUGUUAAAAACAUAUGAAAAAUAUAUCUAAAAUAUCCACCAUAGUUGAAUAGACAUGACUGAAAAUUACAAAGGAUUAUAAAAGUUAGUUUGUCAUAAAAUCUUUCAGAUAUAGGUCAAGAACACAUGUCUCAUUUUAUGGAUGGAACAAGCUCCCAAGUGGGGCAAAUCGCUCUAGCUUUAUUUGCUGCUUUCUAUGGCUUUGGCGGUUGGUAAGUUGUCAAAUCUUAUUUGUUUAUGUUUUACCAAAGCCCAUAACACAACUAGUUUGAUGGUUUUAAAUUUUUUAGAUGGCUAAAUUUAAUUUGCAGAUUUCUUUAAUUCUUUAUGUCAUCCCUGAUUACAGGCCAAUUAUAACUAUCUUAACUGAGGAGGUGAAGCAACCAGAAAAGUGAGUUAUGAAGCAUGAUGUUUUUUCGAUUAAAUAUAUGAUUUCUAUUUCCUAACCAAAUUUAUAUAAUUAUUCAUCAUCUGCUUUGCCAUGAACUGUACAUUGUAAAAUUGUUAUAUUUUUUAAAAAAAUAUGCGUCAGAUGUCGACAUGGACUUAUCAUUCUGUAUUUUUAUGGUUGACAUAAUUUGGUCGAUAAUUUAACUCAACCACAGGUUUCAUAUGGAUAUUUUUUAAAAUGGAUUCAAGUAAGUAAAUCAACAUUAAUCUAUCAGACUUUUCCUCCACUUAAAGUUUUUUCAUCUUUCUGAUUCCAUUUGAUAUCCUGAAAGCCUGACUUUAGCUUAAAACAUUUCUUACACACUAUUAACCUUCCUUGGUCCGGCCUAUAGAUCCAUGUCUUCAAUAUAAGGAUCUAUUGCCUAAAAAUGCUCUUGUAGCAAGUAUGUCAAGGGUCAGUCUGUAAACUUCUAAUUUAAAAGAUAUUUCAGUAAGAUAUUCAUUACAAUAGUGUCAUCUGCUGUCAUAUUUAGGCAGCCCUAUUGAAUGUGAUUAAAUUUAUAUGCCUAUUAUAUUAAAACAACAGUGGUACACAUCGUAUCUCAAACUUGAAAGAUUAUUUAUUUAUAUACUACCAAGACAGGUGACCCAGCUUUGAAAAUCUGUAAGUACUCGUUACUGUAAACUCUUUAAAUCUUGAGACGGUAUUUUCUUAAAAAUUAUAAUUUUAAAAGGAGUUUCUUAUGUUAUUCUUUUUUAAUAAUGGAUUUUUAAAAAGAAAAUUUACUAAUAAGAAAUUAAAAAAAAUAUUCAGUUGAUGGAGAAAUUGAGACCAAAAAAAGUAUUUUAAAAAUAAGAGGAAAAAAAAAAAGGAAAGACAAAAAAAUGGACCAUAAUUGCUCAGAUGUGCCCAUGUCAAAGCUUCCAUGAAUCUGUGAGAGAAGACCUAGCUGUUUCAAACAACCAGCAUGAGUCAUUGUUGUAACCUAAUCUCUGCCUGUACUACUUUUUGUGUGUUUUUCUGUUGUUUUUUUCUGUUAUCAGUUAUUUGUCCAUUUUGUGUCACUGUGACUUUUUUUAACACUAAUAUUAAUUUUAUCACUGCGGGCCAAGAACUCACACUGCUUUCCAUCCUCUUUAUUUCCCUCAAUGAAUUAUAGUCAUCAUAACCAGGAGCCUGUGAAGAAUUAACUUGCUAUUUUGUUGAACAAAAUGUGACUAACUAACACUAAACAAAAUUAACACAUUUAAGAGGACAACAUAACUCAUAAAAACUCAUGGUAUACAAAUGAUAGAACCUAGAAAAAGCUGAGCUUUACUGGGCUUUACUAGAGGAGAAAGAUGAAUCUAUUAACUUAGUGGCAAUAUUUCACAUAUUUUCCUUGAAACGAGUACUAAAAUCAUGCAGCCCCACUGCUUAUUUUCACCUUGUACCAACAGGGACAGUUAUGGUGAAGAUCAUUUAUCGGCCCUGUAGUCCUAUGCAUAAAAACUUCCUUGUUUUAGAUUCUGAUCUCAUGUAGAGAAAACAGAAUUUUUUAUUUAUUUUUUAAAAACUGUUACUUUACUUAUUCUUGUAUUUUCAGUAGGUUAUUGAACUAAGUGUUGAUACUCUUCUAUUUAUUGUUAUGAGUUUAGUGCCCCUGAUAGUUGCACACACACCUGCACAAAAAUAUUGAACUCUUUUUUGAAGUUGCUUAUAAUGCAAAAUUUGAAUAAUGACAUAAUGUUUUUUGGGGGGGGGGGGUGUAAAAAGUAUAUUUAAUUAUUUUAUUGAAAAAAUUACAAUGUUUUCAAAAAUGUCUAUUUCUUCUAAUAAAAUGAAAGCUUACUUAUUUGGGCUCAACAUAAUUAUUGCAUGCAUUUGACAGAUUUCUUAAAUUUAUUAGGGACUAAAUUGAUCUUAAAGAAAGUGAAAAUGCAUUAAAAAUUUUAUCAAAUAUGGAAACAUUUUAAUGGCUUUAGGUCUGAGCUGUCUGCUUACUACGGUCUUUGGAUUAUCCUCUGCACAAUGUACACAUGUUAUUCCUGCAUUAAGAAAGCUCAGCUAUAAAAUUAAUGUUAUCUUUAAAUAUGUCCAUGGUUGACAGCAUCACUUUAAAAAAAAGUUUUAGCCCUUGGCUUUUGUUUGGGAAUUAAUUUAAGAAACCUAAACACAAAUAUCCUGUCUACUUUUUAACUUUCCUGCUUACCUAUUGAUCGAAAAAGGUUUCCUACAUUCCAGUUGUCAUGAAUCAAUAAUUUGUUUCACACAAAAAAAAAAAACAAAAAAAAAACCAGCAGCAGCAUCACAAGUUCUUCUGUUUUGGAUUAGGAGACUCAACCAAUCCCUGUUAAGAUGAUGGUAUACAUUUUAUAAUGAUUUAAAUCUGAAAAAUUAAAUGAAACAGAAGACUUUGCACCUGGGAAGGAACAGAAAAAAAAAGGAUUUUCCUUUUAAAUAAUCAUGUUAAUAAUUGCUUACAGAAACUUGCCAAGGGGCUUGGCUUUCAGUUUUGUUGUACUGAUCACAGCAAUGGUUGCCACCAACUUUGCCUAUUACACUGUGUUAUCAAAGGAGGAAGCUCUAAGAUCAGAUGCGGUUGCUAUGGUAAUUGAUAACAAAUAUUUUCAUUUGGUUAUCCCCUUGUGAAUUUGUAUGUGUGAUUAUUUUUCAAAAUUCCCUUUAGGGAAGAUGGUGACAAAAUUUAAACUUUAACCCUAUUUAUUGUCCAAACAAAUUAAAGAAAAAAAUUGCAAAUUACGGAAAAUAACUAACCACUAAUGAAACAUAAUCAAGUAGGACUACACCAGAUGAUGUCCAGCUUUCAUACCUUACCCCACAAAACAAAGGAAUGUUGUCAUCUUCCCCCAACAGUAAAUUAAUACUGCUGGCAGCUGAACGUCAUGACCUUACAACUGCAACAGUAAAAUAAUUACUUUUGAAACUAUAAUACUUUCUUGAAAAUAUGUUUUCAAGAUAACCUCAUAGUGGUAACCAGGACAUGACAAGAUACAGGGAAAGGAGAGCGCAGAUACACUAGCAAAACAGGGAACAUCACAUGUACAGUCAAACAUACUUGGAUCACUCGGCACAGCCACACAAAAAACUUGCCUCCUCUGCAAACAUCUUAAUGAGACAGUACCACAUCAACUCUUCAACUGCCCCGCACCUAUCACCUCUUCUACUGCCAGCACCAAUCACUAAUCACAUCUUCCACUGCCCAGUACCACAUCACCUCUCCUACUGCCCAGUACCACAUCACUUCUCCCACUGCCCAGUACCACAUCACUUCUCCCACUGCCCAGUACCAUCAACUCUUUAACUGCCCAGCACCUAUCACCUCUUCUACUGCCAGCACCAAUCACAUCUUCCACUGCCCAGUACCACAUCACCUCUCCUACUGCCCAGUACCACAUCACUUCUCCCACUGCCCAGUACCACAUCACCUCUCCCACUGCCCAGUACCACAUCACCUCUUUUACCGCCCAUUAUCACUUUACCACUCUUAGCCCUUCUUUAAACUAACAGGGGAGAUUAACUUACAUGAUGGCAUGUAAACAGAGUGACAGAGCCGUUAAAAAUGUCAAUAGUGGAACUAACAGCAAACUCUUCAGCCAAUAUUUUAGGGAUAAUUUUAGUUGCCGGUUUCAUUAAAUAUUCUGUUGAUGAAAGUGAAACAGGACCUUCAGCAUAUGAAUAUUUGUUGUUAUACUUGACAGAAACUCCUCAAUGCUGCUUUUAAGGUUCUGAAAGUUUCCAUAUACUAUAUUCUAUGAAAAUAUUGUUAGUUGCUUCAGACCUAUUAACUUAAUUCAGCAUGUAAUGUCAUAACAUAACUUAUAUUAAUCCACUUAUAUUAUGUCUACUAACUUAAUAAGCUCUUACUAAUUCAUUCACUGUUGUACAAUAAUUAAUCUGAAGAUGCUUAUUAAAAUUAAAAAGAAAACAUCUUAAAGUUACAAAUAUUUAUAAAUGCAUUUUUGCUUGUGCCUUUUAUUUGCAGUUGUUUGGUCAAAUGAUCCACCCGGCCAUGCCAGUUGUUAUUUCCAUCCUGGUAUGUUUGUGCUCCAUUGGAACUCUCAAUGUUCUCAUUUUAGGCCAGCCUCGGUAAGAGAAUUGUGUUAACAGUUUUUUAAUUUAAAAAUCCACAGCAAAAUAAUGAGAUAAUUGGCUUUGACUGAAAGUAAUUUAACUUUAAAGUUAACUUAAAGGUUUUUUAAAAUUUAAUGCUAGUAAACUAUAAGUUGCAAAUUUCAACUUGUUUUUUUAAGGCAUGAUCUCAAGUCUUAAACCCUAUAGUUGGGUGCAUAGAAUAUUUCAAAACUAAAUUACUUAAAUACACAUGGUAACAUUCAUUAAUGCUUAAUGUAUUAAAAGGUCUCAAGAUUCACUUCCUUUUUUUAAAAAAUGUUCCAUUGUACAAAGCAUUAUGUGAAGGGGAUGUCAAGAAAUAAAUAAAAUAGAAAGUAUAUUUUUAUUCUGUUAACAUAAGCCUGUUAACACUGUUGUCUCAAAGAGAGUUACUAUCCUGAUAGUUUCAGUAAAAAUUAUUUCCCAUCUGUUUGCUGUCAUUCAUGGUGAGAGAUAAUGUGGGCCAGGUGGUGGAAUAAUUUAAUAACCUUCAUCCUAUGCAUAAGCCAACAAAAGUAAUGUUCUCAUUACACCAAAUAAUGUCCGGAAAACAAAUAGUCAAGCACCAACAUUAUCAUAAAUAUAUGAUGACAUUCAAUGUUAUAUUUCAUUUAGUGCAUGUAGAGAUAAAGGUAAUUAAAUGAAUUUAAAAAAAUUGUUCAUUAUGCUAUUUAGUGCAGACAGUAAGUGUAGAUAGAAUGAAAUAUGGGAAUGUGAUGAAACAUUUUUAAACCCAUGAGCUCAGUUAUUUCAAAAUUAUUUUUUUAGUCAUAUCCCGUUUAUGAUCUUUCUUGGAUAUCCAGAUUUGUAUAUAAACCUUUUUUUGAUAGGAUUUCAUUAAAACAUAAAGUUAUAGUGGUCCAUUAGCCCCUUUUGAUGUGUUCUUUGUGCCAUUUAAUUAUGCAGGCUUAUGCUUAUGCAUGUUACAAGGCUUUGCAGGAUAAGGUAAUAACAUGGCAAACAGGCAACAAGGGCAAUAAUGGCUGAUAGGAUAUGCCUUUGUCAAUUUUUAUUCUUUUUUGAAAACUGAGCAUGACACCUUUUUAAAAAAUCAGAACAUCAUUAAUUUCUAAAGGGGUGGGGAAUAUUUUACUAAGGACAAAUAUUCUCCAUCAUGAUCGGAAGUUAGUUGAGAGCAUACCUUAUAAAUGAAAAAAUUAACAGAAGUUGUUGGUUUCUGAUUGAAGAGUGAAAUAGCAUCUGAUUAAAUUUUUUUUGAAUAUUUAAGCUGUAGCUGUAGGUCUGGUGGAUACAACACCAUUCACAUUAAAUAUUGGCUUAAAUGCCACAAAACAUGUCUGGUCAAUCUGAUCAUCCAUCAAAGUAAGACACGAAAGGGACACUACUUACCGACAUGUUACAAUAUUGUAAUCUGCUAAAUCUUGAUUGACAUUCUUUAAAAAUGAUCCUCUCUGUAGCUUGAUAUGUUAACUUAAAUAAUUUUGUGGGGAUGUCCUAAAGCAGGGAUGGUCAACCCAAAUGGCUUCACAUGUCACUUGGAUUGCAAGUUCACUCUUUGUAUGCCGCAGGUCAUUAAACCUAAUAUGGAAAAUAAAUACCAAAUAAACGAUGUACACAUUUAUUUAUUCUUAAUAGCACAUGUGCCCCUGCCACCAAACGCAUAAAAAUAUUGAAAUGAUUAGAUUUAGAUAGAAAUAUAGCUCUGUAAUAUAUUUAUAUACACGCAGAACAUUAUUGUAGAUUUAAAAGUUGCCCACGAUUGUCACUUUAAACAAGGAAGGAAGGGGAGUGGAAAUCAAGGAGCCCUCCAAACAAAACAACACUUUAGAAAAUGUGUAUUUAAUAAGCAAAGUUACUAGAUGAACAUGAGGAGAUCCUGUUUUUUUUCUUUCAAGUGUGCAUAAAUUCACUGCUUUAAGACAAGUACCGAUAAUAUGUUUCCCUGUCACCACUCAAUGUUUUGAUAAUAAUUUUUUUAGAUUAAUUCUUCCUGUUGGCUGUCUUGAUUCAUUUCUCAGGUAGUUUAUUUUUCAUUAAGUCUAAGUGCAAGGAUGAAAGUAAACAAUGUAAGCAGCAGCUAAAAUAAUCUCCGUAUGUUGACUUUUUGAUUGGCAAAUGAAUCAAGCAAACAUAUGUCUGGCUUGCCAUAGCUCUUAUUUUGAUACAUCUAACAUGUUAAGCACACAGACCAUUGGCAGAUUUGUUUUUUUUUCCAAGGUACUGUGAUUAAAACACUUAUGGAAGACCUUUCUCAACUCCCAAUAGAGCAUAAGCCCUUAAUGAUAUCCUUCCACACCUUCCUGACUCUUGCAAUAUUCUCUUGAAUCUUUCCAACUCAUUCCCAUCUUAAUUGAGAUCAGAUACAAUGUUAAUUAAAAAAAAAAAUGUUUGAACCCUCACCAGGAGACCAUUUUCCCCCUGGAUUUGUUAAUGACAGAGAUUCAGAGGUUAAAUUAUGUGGAUGUGACUUAAGUAAUUUGUUGUAAUGUAAUAUUUAUUUUUGUAAUAUGUAUUUUCUUUAAUGAAUUAUAAAGAAAAUAAACAUUAUUAAAGACUGUUGUUGACUUAGCAUACAGUUUGAGAACACUUUAUUUGAAUCACCUUUUGCUUCUAGCUGCAAAUGUUAUAACAAAAAUCUGAAGUAUUUUCUGUGUAUCUCUCAUAUUGAUAUUACAACAGUAUACAUUUGAAAUUGAAUGUUUAUAAUGCUCUUCAAAUUUGAAUUAAUGGUCUUAUUGUUAAUCAAAAUCUAGGAUGAUCUUUGCAGCUGGUCGUAACCGACAUAUGCCUAAGAUAAUGACUAUGCUGCAUAAAAAGUUUCACACUCCAUGGCCAGCAACAUUUACCUUGGUAUGAACCAUGUCUUUUAACUGCAGCAUUUACCUUUUCUUUUUGCUGCAACAUUUAUUAGAAACCUUAGGCCAGAUGUUGAAACACUUUUAUAAAAAUAAUUUAUUUAUCUUAGACAGCGACAUUUACCUUGGUGUUAACCAUGACUGUUAACUACAAGAUUUAUUUGAAAUUUGGGGCCUUAUCUUCAAACAAGCAAUAAAAAAUUUAUUUUUUUGUCUCGGACAGUAACAUUUCUAUUUUAAAACAGAGCUCUUAUCUGUGGGGAUUAGUUGCUUUCUUUACUAUGAGAAGUCAUAUGCUAAUUAAUUUAAAUUUGGAUUCAAUUGCGAAGCUUAGUUAAAUUAAUUUUUUUAAUUGAAAUUUUUGAGUAUCUUCUCCUUAUAAAAUGUUAAACUGAAAGGAUGGAUACAUAUAUGAUAUUCUUUGAGGGCUGGAAAAAAUAUAAUUAUAAUUACACUAUGACUAUUAUUAGUAUAAAACUUUAAAAAAAAAUUAUUUUUAAUUUUAAAAAAAUGAUUACACAUUAUGAUUUAUUUAAACUCAAUAUUGUAAAUUAUGUUUCAGGGUUUUCUUGGCAUUCUUAUGUUGUUUUCUGGUAGUGUCAUGUCUCUUGUCGCUGCCAUUAGUUUGUAUGCAGGUUAG